ACUUCAAAUGCAAUCUUUAAGAAGGAAGCUUUCCUUUUUUUUAAUUUUUUUUUUGAAUUUUUGAUAUGUUGUGGUGUUAAAACAACCCACAAUCAAAGCUUGUCGGUUGUGGUGUCUGCAACUGCAAAUGUGGCUCGUUUAAUAAAUGUCUGGAUUUUGCUAAACUGGCAUCUGUCUCACUUUUCAUUGGUGGGUUCAAAAACAAAAUGAAAAUUUAAUUGAUAUUUACUUUGCUUAUAUACUCUUCUUUCUAUGAUUCAUUGAUUCAAUGGCAAUAGCAAUUGGUUAGCUAAGCUAGCUCCUUUUUUCCUUUCCCCUUCUUCUUCUUUGGCCUUUUUUGCUAGCUUUGAAGCAAACCCAUUUGAUAAAUUUUAACCGUCUAAUGCUUUUCUUGUUGAUUUUCUUUUUUUCUUUUGUUUUCUUCUUUAAGUCAUUCCCUUUCAAGCCACCCCCACCACCAAUGAAUAGUGUGUGGAGAUUGUUGUUGUCACCUUUGUUUUGGGAGCAGCUUUCAGGAUUUCUUGUGUCGUGGUUUCAUAAAGAUUGGCUUUCUAUUGGUGUCUACCAAGUUCCCAUGAAAAUGCCACAGAAGAAGAUCAAUCUUGGUUUAAAACAGGCAGCAAAUGCGGAGGAAGAGAGUCCUUCUCUCCUGGAUUUGCCUGAAUUAACCUUGGAAUGCAUUCUUGAGAGACUUUCACCAUCUGGGUUGUGUAGCAUGGCAGGAGUUUGCAGCUCUUUGAGGGAUAGGUGCACAAGUGAUCAUCUGUGGAAGAAACACCUAAAGCAGAAAUGGGGUAGGCUAAUUGGCGAUGCUGCUUUUAGGGAAUGGCAAUGUCAUAUAGCUUCAAGAAAGAGGCCAGGCCUUGUGGACCAAAGCAAUCAAAAGGGUUUCUUAAGAUCUCUUGGUACUGUGUGGUCAUUUUCUUGGAUUAAACCAAAGUUUGAAACUAGAAACAAGCCAAGUACUUCUUUACCAGUUGAUUCAAUCAUGGCUAUGUAUCUCUCUCUUGAAAGAGGCAAAUUCUGGUUCCCAGCUCAGGUCUAUAACCGUGAGAAUGGACAUGUUGGGUUUUUGCUUUCCUGUUAUGAUGCUCAAAUAAGUUAUGAUUCCAAGACAGACACAUUUCAGGCAAGGUAUUCUCCUUACGGACGGCGAAUGAUAGAGGAAAGCAUACACAGGGAUAGGCUAAGAGCACCACCUGUUGAUACUCCUGCACAUGAUCUUCACAUUUCUGACUGUUUAAAUGACUUGAAACCUGGUGAUCAUAUUGAGAUUCAAUGGAGAAGAAGCAAAGAAUUUCCUUAUGCAGGUUGGUGGUAUGCUACUGUUGGUCAUACGGAAGCUUGUGAUGUGAAUGAAAAUCACUGUCCUUGUCAAUAUAAUGAUAUGGUGGCAUUGGAGUUCAACCAAUAUUCUCCCGGCUCUAGAUGGAGAAGAACCAUAAUAAACAGGAAGGAGCACAGGGAAGAAGGAAAUGAAGCUGAUGGAUUCUAUGGAGGAAUUAGAAAACUUUACAAGGAGGAAGAAAUCUCAACCUGGAAGAGGCUUUGGCCCAGACAAGUCUUUGAAUAGUAUGAUAAUUAUAGUUAUUAUUAUUAUUAUAUUAUUUUUUUUUCCCAUUCUCACUCAUUUCUCUUCUGUAAAUAGUCCUCCUUUUAGAGUCACAAAAAUGCUUCUAGGGAGAUGUUUUUCAGUUAGGCUUCAUAAGAUUUUGUUAAGCUCUCAGAGGUUUAUAUGUAUUGUAAUUUUGUAGUUAAGAAACUUCAGUUUACAGAUUAGCAAUCCUAAAGAGAAAUGCAGAUGCUUGUGCAAA